GAAAAGAUCACGUGUUUGUCAAAAAUCUUCCCCAACUGAUGUUGACUGUGAUGGUUCAGAGGAGGUCACUAGAUCAUGCAACAAUGGCAGAUGUCCUGAUUGCAGCCUCGAUUGUCCAGCAGGCCAACAGCGGAAUCAGAAUUGCACAGCAUGUGAAUGUCCCAUGACAACAAGACAUAUCACUGUGUACAAUACAAAACGUGUCCCUCUAGCUGGUGUUAGGGUAUCUUUGCAAGAUCUAGAGUAUGAGACUAUUGGGUUAACAAAUGCAUCAGGGGCUCUCGAACUGCCAGGAUUUUGUGAUAAUACUGUACUUGUGAGUGAGAAAGAGAAAUAUAUGACUAAUGUCACUUCUAUUGGUGCUGAUGGUGGAACACCCUUUGAGAUCAUAUUGCAAGCAUUAGAGGGAAUAGAAGUCACACGUCAUCCUUUGAGUAAAGUUGCCCUUGUAGGAGACAAUGUUAACUUUACAUGUAAAGCAAUUGGAAAACCAC